AUGCGGGACCUGCUGGAGAAGCUGCAGACCAUUAGUAAGGAGCAGGAGGACCACGAGCCAGAGUUUUAUGGGCCUGAAAAUGAUGUAGACAAUGUGACUCUGUCUCAAGAGGCAGUGGUGUUUGAGAAAUCCUCAGCUAUUGAUGACAUCCUGAUGGAGGCCCACGCCAUUCGCAAGGACAUGUCCUUGUUCCAUGUACAGGUAGAGCAUCUGAAAACACAUAAUGAACGCUUUGGCACCUCUGUGCGGCGCCUUACCCUACUCAAAAAGGACUCGGACUCCAUCGCCAGGGGAAUCCAGCAACAUGGCGAGGCUCUGUACGUGCGCCUUCAGGCCCUGGGUAAUGAGAGCCGCCAGCUGGAGGAGAAAGAAGGUCCCCACGCUGCUGUUAGUCGCAUUGCCCGAGUUCAGCAUGACACACUGAUGCGUGCCUUCCAUGAUGCCAUGAGUGAAUACAAUAAGGCAGAGGAGAUGCAGAGGGAUGCAUGUCGGGAGAGGAUCAAGAGGCAGGCCUCCAUAAUGGGAACUGAAAUCACCAAUGAGCAGCUGGAUGUGAUGGUGGACAAAGGUGGUGAAGGAUGGGCUGAGCUGUCCCAGAGCCUGCAGAGCCCAGGCGCACGCUCGCUCAGCAGGGCGAUGUUUGAGAUCAAAGGCAGACACAAGGAGCUGGUGGAGCUGGAAGCCAGGAUGAGGGAUGUCCAUGAACUUUUCCUGCACAUGGCCAUGUUGGUGGAGGAGCAGGGAUCCAUGCUCAAUAACAUUGAGGCUAAUGUGUGUACCAGUGAGGAAUAUGUUGAAGAAAUCAACGUUCAGAUCAAGAAGGCCAUACAGUACAAGAGGAAAAAUCCUUUUCAGCAAUGUUGCCCCUGUCUACCCUGCUGGAGAAGCAACCAAAUGCUUUAG